GGGUCUGUUACGGAGAGAAGCCCAAUAAUUAGGGCAUGCAUUUCUCCUUCUCUUUCCUUCUCCUUCUUUCUUCUUCUUUCCCUGUUUCCACUAUAACCCGAAACCAUCACAAGAACAAUCGGAAAUUCCUUCCCCCCUCCCCAUCGAUUUUGUCGCAGCAGCAGGAGAAUACACCACUGAUGCCCCGAGUCCUCUCCUCCAAUGGCGUCUCCAUCAUCUCUCCCCGAGGUCCUAUUCGGAUGCUUCUAAAAUUUUCCUCGCGACGCUCUGUUAGCUCAUAAGAUGAAACCGAAAGCCAGUGGGGGUUAUAGACCUCAGAGGUCAAAUAAUUUUCAGCGGGAGGGGCAGGGACCGAAUUGGGUUCUCAUAGCAGGCGGUGCCUUAUUGAGUACACUGUCCGUUCGUCUUGGUUUCAAGCUGAAGCAGUUGAUGGACUCAAAGCAGCAGGGCGAUGCUCAUGGUAGCUCCUCGAAAGGGAACGGAAAACCGAGGAAGCAGACAGGUCCGCAUUUGCAUUCGAGUAUGUAUUCCUACUUGCAAGAGGAGGAUGGCUGUUUCAAUUGUGUGCCUGGAAUUGUGGAAACUAAUCAUCCGCCAUCCAAUAGCGAGCCUGAGGUAGCCCUCCCGUUGGUCACUGUUCCUCCUGCCGAGUUUAGCCCCGACCAGCUCGAGUUGCCCCCAAAGCCGUUCCAUCAUUCAAAUUGCUCGGCAGAUUCCCCCUGUGUCUCAGAAUCGGGCUCUGACAUCUUCACCAAGCGGGAAGUGAUACAUAAACUCAGGCAGCAGUUGAAGAGGAGAGACGACAUGAUCCUCGAGAUGCAGGACCAAAUCACAGAAUACCAGAACUCGCUUAAUGCCCAGCUAGAGCACUCAGCCCAUUUGCAGGCCCAGCUUGAGGCUGCAAAUGGGGACCUGUUUGAUUCUGAGAGAGAGAUCCAACGGCUGAGGAAAGCGAUCGCAGAUCACUGCAUGGGAUCGAAGGAGACCGUUCAUCAGAGCCACUCAAAUGGGUAUGUUAAUGGAGAUCAGAAUGGGUUUGAUACAUUGGAGAGGAUCGACAUGCUGAAGAAGGAAGUUGGGGACCUGAAGGAGGUGAUAGAAGGGAAGGAAUACUUGCUGCAGAGCUAUAAGGAGCAGAAGGCAGAGCUCUCCUUGAAGAUCAAGGAGUUGCAGAACAGAUUAGACUCCCAGCUCCCAAAUAUUUUGUAGGGAAGUUCGUGUGCAUUCUUUGCUUUUCUUCUUGUUCUUUCUACUCCUUUUCUUAUCAUUUCUUUUUUGUUUCUUAGUUCGGGAGAAGCUUCUUCUUUCUCCUUAGUUUAGGAUUUAGCCAAUCCUUUCUCUACUUGUUUCAAAUGGAAAAAGGAAAAAAAAAGAAGUGAAAGUAAUGUGAAGGUUUGGUUGGUUUUGAUUGUUUUGUUCAACAUUAUUAUUAGUGUUGGCAAAGUUUCGUGGUUUACGUGCAUAUCAUACAAAGGUCACUUGACUUAUUGGUUCAUCA